GAAUGUGAUACAGUGCAUACUGGACAAACGAUUUUACCCCUGAAAAGUUGUGACUGAAUAAUGGAUCUAAGCAUGACGUCCGGUGGUGAUCUUCUACAGGUGGAGACAUAUGUUUUCGAAGACACUGACUCCGAUUUUACUGACGAUUCUAUGGAAGAUUUCCUCCCUUAUUCUUUGGUUCCCAAAGACGCGGACGAACCUCCGAGCACUGAGGCCCGUGCCGAGAAAUGUCCAGAUGUCCCCUCGCAACUUCUUGGCUUUGCAGAUCAUCUGACCAAGGACGUACAGAAAUGUUUUCACGACCCUCGGGGUAGCAUUUACGACAUCACCGAGGACGAUCACACGAAAAAAUCCGGCAGGGAACUUUACUAUGCCGAGUUGUUGAAGUUAGCGCGCGGAUACGAGGCAGAGAGUGCACCGAAAAGUAAGCGACGUGUCCCCGAUGAAGUCACAACCAAGUCAGGGGACCUUGGCAUACGUCUUGGCAAUGAUCUUGGCCCGUUGGAUGAUUUGUUCAACGAGGUUGGGACCAGAGGUGUGGCGCAAACAGUUCCAAUGGAAGAAAGGAAACUUCCACAGUCUUUUUGGCAGGAACCACUAGUAAAAGAGGCCAAUAUUUGUAAAGACGUAGAAGGCGUUGUUAGGGACGAAUUUGGUCUUCAAGAAGAUCAUACUGUCUUUAUCGGGACAGAUGUAAAGGAACUGCUGUCAUUGUGGUAGCAUCUUAUUUCAAGGACAUUUCGCAACCGGUUUGUGAGUGAAGGGACAGAUUGUGACAUUGUCGUGCAGUUGGCUUUGAUAUAAAGAUAGACAGUUGCAAUUCGUUGCUCGACAACAGACCAUUUCGAGCUGACGACAAUGAGUCAUCAUAAAGGGUUGGUCCCAUAGACAAAAGCCUUGCGUGUCACAUCUACCCUCAUCUUUUACCCUGAUCGCCGAAUCGGCCUUUAUUACGUUUCACUUCAUGAUCAUAACCGUCCUCGAACGCAAGCUCAAGUCUCACCCACUCGUAUUGUCGCAAUUGCUCUUGAGUUCACAUAAUGUGCCACAAUAACCUUUUAUGUCACCACUUGCAUCGAUAUCAUUCCUUGAGUCACAUCUUCACAUUGCCCGUCCUCAUCUGCCGCUGAAUGUCUCAUUCUGUAUGCCACAUCUGCCUCUCGUCUUGUCCCAUGUCACAUUUGGAUUCAAGUCGAUCUUGUCACAUUUGCCAAAUCACAUCUUUCGUCCGCUUAUAUCACAUCUGUCCUCACGUAUCACUUUGAGCGUUAAAUGUGCAUCAGGUGUUGUAUCGGUCCAAGAACGUGCUUAAGGGUUGCAUUUAGUGCUGCUUCCUGAAGAUAUUGGAAAAAAGCUAUGGCACCGAACACUUCAAUGUCCUUGUGAAAAAAGGUACAUGAAAUACAGUAACUAAUAAAUGA